GGUUCACUUCUGUUUCGGCUGUUGAUCAAAACGGUAACAUUAAAUCGCGUCUCGUGAAGAAAAGAAGAUCUAAAGUAUUGUCUCAGCAGAUAUUCAAAGAUGAUUCUGAAGGUUUCAAUCUUUGUCAUUGGAGUGUUAUUUGAAGCUGCUUUGUCAGCACCAAUCGAAUGUAACAUUGAGAAGUGUGCGAAACCAUUGAAAUUGUAUGAAGAGCUUGGAUGCAAGGCUGUUUAUGGAUCAAAUUCAUGCUGUGCAAAACGUUUUGAAUGUCCCGAUUUCAAUGCACUCGAUGACAACAAGUGCUCGUUUGGCGGAAGAGAAUAUAAAAUUGGCGAAAUUCUGCCACGUAACUUCACCGACAAAACUAAAUGCGCCGAAACGUGUUUCUGUACAAGAGAAGACAGUUCCCCUGCUAAAUUCACCUGUACGAACAGUGAUUGUGGUGUGGCGAGUUUCAAAGUGCCUGGUUGCAUCAACAUCUAUGGUGAUUUAAAUGAAUGUUGCUCCACUUCGAUAGUCUGCGAUGAAGAAGAAAAGAAGUCACUGGCAUCAUGUUUUGUUGGACAAGAAUAUCGUGAAGGAGAAAAGUUCAUCCCUGAAUCAAAUCCUUGCUAUGAGUGUCUUUGCAACAAAGACUUCGAUAACACGACAAUCACCGAUAAUCCUCACUGUCGCAAGUUCAAUUGCCACAUCGACUUAAGAUAUAAAUCAUUCGUUCAACGUGGAUGUUUGCCAGUUUUUCGCAAUGGAAAAUGUUGUCCAGUCGAUUGGGAAUGCCCAAAAUACGUUAAAAAAGUUGUCAAACGAGCUGCUGUUGAUGAUGAAACACAAACACCAAGUAAUGUGUUUAUUGUGACCCCAUCCAAGAAUCUCGAACAAUAUUUGGCAGAAGUUCGCUUAUCAAACCAAAGAGAAGCAUCUUCAGCUGAAUCAUUUGUUGAACCAUCAACAACUACAGCAACUACAACAACUCAAGAAAUUCCUGUUCCAACAAUUAGCAAUGAUCCAUUCCUUCCACCAGUCGCUGAUGUUAGUGCUUCAAUUGUGAGUAUUGUUGAUACGACAACAACAACAGAGCAACCGAAAGUUUCACUAGAACUUGAUGAUGCAUCAACAACAACCCCAGAAGUAUCAACCACAACAACAAAUCCACCUGAAACAGUGAAAGAAUUAUCUUCAGAGGAAACAACUUCAUCAACCACAACCGAAUCAACGACGACACUCACAACAACACAAGAAACUUCAACGACAACAAUUUCUCAUUCAGACGAUGAAGAUGAAGAGAAAGAAGAUGAGAAUAUGAAUUUAUUUGGUGAAGAAGUUGAUACAGACACUGAUGAAGAAGAAGAAAUGGUUGAAACUUCUACAGAAGUUGUAAGUUCAUCAACUGAAUUGUCAACAGAAACGACAACAGAACAAGUUACAAAAGUAUCAACUGAUUCUGAGACUUCAACCUCGGUUGCAGAAACCACAGAAGCUCCAAAGACGACGGAGACAGUCAGAGAAAUUGCAAGAUCAUUAGAAUUGCCUGAAAAGUUAACAACUUUAAUUGUUGAAUCAACAACUUUAGCAUCAUCAACAGAACCUUCAACAACUGAAUCAACAACAUCAACUGAAUCAACAACAACAACUGAAUCAACUACAACAACUGAAUCAACUACAACAACAGAACCAUCUACAACAACAAUAAAUGAAUCUACGUCUAAAAAUCUUUUAAGUGUUUCUUAUGAAAUUCCACCACCAGUUCCAAAAGAUGAAAGUUCAGUAAGUGCAACAGAAAUGACAAGUACUACAAAUGCUGCUGAUCCACCAAUUCUUGAACCUUCUGCUGUUUUCCCAACAGCUUUUGAAAAUCUUUUAACAACAUUGAAAGAAUUUGUGGCGAAAGCAGAAUCUUUGACAUCAACCCAAGCGCCAACAACAACUGCAGGUCAAGUUUUUAUAGUUGAACCAGCAACUGAAACUUCAUCUUCAGACUCUUCAUCACAGUCACCGAUGGAACAACAAGUUCAAUUUGUAAACUAUACAGUUUCGUCGGAAAAAGAAAAUAUGGAAGAUCAGCACAAUAGUCGAAUAACUCCAAGAAAAUUGGUUGAUGAACCAUCAGUCAUUGUGAAACGUUCUGUAUCGGAUGUCGAUUUAAUUCCACGUUAUUACAAACCACAUUUCUCCCAAAACAAGGCAAAAGGUUGUGUCUUUAAUGGAAAAUCAUAUAAAAUUGGUGAAGUCAUUACAACAAACAAUGACUGUUUGAAAUGCAUCUGCGAAUAUGCGCCAAUUGGUCAUUGUAUUUUAAAAGAGAAAUGUAAUUUAUAAACUUUAAACCUCGAACAUUGCAAUAGUAAUAGAGAAAUACAUUGAAAAAUAAUAAAAUGAGCUACAAAUAAACAUGAAAAUAUUUUACAAAAAUUUCCAAAUCCA